AUGGACCACGAAACCGAACACACCAUCGAAGUCAUUCGAGCCUCCGUACGGAACUCCACUCCUGGCAGGCUCAUAGACCUUCAAAGGGAAUCGCUGCGUGACGAAUCGACACCGAAUCAUGUCCAUGUCGCCAAAAAGGAACUAUCGCUUUCAACCGAUACCAAUCUUGUGGAACUUGUGGCGGACGCAAUAAGAAGUCUGGGAGAUGGACAUGAGACAUUUACUGUUCCCACAGUGGCUUCAGUGGUGGUGGAAAGCGUUGAACAUGAAGCCAAAGAGAACAAAUGCUCUGGAGGGAGUGAUAUUGAACCUCGACCGAUUAUACUCUAUUUCCAUGGUGGACAGUUCUGGCGUAUGGGCCGUGCACUCAGAUGGGUUACAGGUGAACUCGCUCGUCAAACCAAAGGUCGAUGUGUCGCGGUACGAUACAGCCUCGCCCCUCAACAUCCAUUUCCCACCGCUCUUGUCGAAGGCCUUGCAGCAUACGUUUCUCUCCUCUACCCUACAGAGGGGAAUCUACACACUUCGGUCGCCGCAAGAAACAUUUGUUUUGCCGGUGACAGUGCCGGUGGCAACAUCGCAUUGGCCUUGCUUCAAUUGAUACUGGAGAUCAACAGGAAGGGACAGAAACUCUUCUGGAAUGGCCGAGAGAGCGAAAUUCCUGUCCCUGCGGGAACAGCUGUACUGUCUCCGUAUGUCGAUAUGGUUCGAUCACUUGACUCUGAGGUGUUAAAUCUGCCCUACGAUAUUAUCGGGCCUCGCGGUCCGCUGUUCACGGUUUUCGAUCGUUGCGAUAUCUGGCCUGCGAAGCCGCCUCGACAUCAUGUGUAUGCUGAUGACAGCGCUCUACUCCAUCCACUUGUUUCUCCAGUGACAGUACGAAACUGGAAAGGAGCACCACCUUUAUGGGUCUGCGUUGGUGAAGAAUGCCUCGCUGAUCAAGGAAUGUUUGUAGCACAACAGGCGGCGUCAACCGGAGCCACAGCUGUUGUGGAGCAGUUUUCCAUGAUGCCGCACAAUUUCUCCCUCAUUGUGCCACAUGCAGUGCCUUCUAAGCUAUCUCUACAGCAAUGGGCAUCAUUUAUACGAAGUGUCGUUGAAAAGCCAAGCAGUAUCAAAUCGGAGGCAAUGCGGUGGAGCGGUGUACCGCCUCUCAAGACGUCCAUGGAUCUAUCUAGAUUAGUUCCGUUGCAACGGGAAGGUGUGAUCGAGAAGAUGAAGGCCCAAAUCCAGGACUGGGGAGUGCCCCCCUCAUAG